AUGCCAUCUGCGCGCGUUGAUAAGCGCGACAACUCUCCUGACACAUCAAGUCAAAGUAAUUCAGAGCCAUCGCCUCCAGCCCCACCGACGACAUGGCGUGUCUCCCACAUCCUCAUCGUUGCCUUCCUCAUCCCAAUUGUCAUAUUACAAUGCUGGAAGCAGGGACAACAUCUCUAUCACUACCUCGAUAUCCCCACAUUGUGGCUACGCGUCAAUGGCAUUGUUCCUGAAGAGAAAGCUCAGAUCGAUGAGCUUGCAUCUUUGCUUGAUCAAAUAUACUCCACGCUGGCUAACAUGACCUACUUACCAUCGUCAUCUAUCAAGCGUGGCCCCCAUUCCAUUAAGACCACCAAUGCCGCAUACAAUUCUCAGAUCUCUCAAUUGCUAUCUGCCCUUCCUUACAUAGAUCAACCUCUACCUGACAAGGAGCCGUGGCUGUUCGAGACCGAUUUUGUAGACUAUACGGAUCCGAAGGAGCGAGAAGAUACCAGGGAUCCAUUGCUCUGUGAGGGACAAUACAUGACGCCUUCUAUGAUAGCACUCAAUUCCAUAGGCGUCGGGUGGUCUGUGCUUAUAUACGACUUUGAAGGCAACAAGAUCAGAAUGAUAAACGCUCUUGAGUGGUCCAAUUCCGCUCUAGAUUGGCAACCAUUGCUAGAUUUCGACCGCGUCGAGGCACGCAAGAGAAGAGACAUGAUAUGCCACGGCGACGACAUUCGUCAGUUCUGGGAAGACUUGCCCUAUAUCGAGGCACCGUUCUUCCUCCGCGACCUCCUCCAGCGGUACAGAGACGGAGACAUGAUUCCCUGGACCACAACUCCGGAAAUGGACGCCAAAGCCUACAAAAACCUACUCCUCCAACACGGGUGGCCAGACACCUUCAACGCAGACAGAUUCCGCGCCAACCUAUUCCGCCUCCAAAACCGAGCAUCCCCCCACGGCAACGCAAAAGCCGCCCACUCCCUCGCCGCCGAACUUGAAGGCAAACCCCCCUUCACAUCCCCAGGCCUCAUAGCCAACCUUAAACAGCACCUCCUCGACACCUUCACCCAACUCUCCACCACCCCCGAAUCAGACUCAGAGACAAAACUCCAACUCUCCUUCCAGCAUGAGCGCCUCUCCCUCGACCUCGCCCGCCGGUACGACGAACUCCACGCCGCGAAGACACUCAUCGCGAGACUCUGCCCUGCAGGCGUGUGCGUCAAACCAGAGGACGUCGCCUCACGCAACUGUCUGAACGUCAAGAAAGAGCACGCAGAAUUAGUCGCGCGAUUCCAGAGGGGGUAUCCGGAGGAGACCGAGUGCCAUUGGCGAGAGACGGCCACGAAGCGUUCACGUCGCACUUUUCUGGGAUGGCGGAGGAAGCAGUUUUGGUGGGCGGGAUUGGCGGUUCGAGAGUGCGAGAAGGAUGUUAGGGCGGAGGGGAAUGGGGUGGAUUUGGAUGAAAGACAGCGCAUGGAGGAGGAGAGGAUGUCGUUAAGGGAUUGCGAGAGUGGAUUGGCGGGCUGUCCGCCGAAGAAACUGCCAUUGUUGCUCAGCACCGCUGGGUCGAAGAGGAGAUCGCUGGGCUGGAGUCGUCGAUAA